UCUGUCGAGGACUUGUUUACUUCCGGGGCAAUAUUGAUUACUUUGAUUAUUGACAAUCAACUUUUGACCAUAAAUUCCUGACCAGAUUUUCAUUACAAUUAAUCGUCGAAUAUUGCUGUUUCGUAUAACUUAAAUAGUUUGAAUGCCUUCAAACAUGGGUGACAUGGAUGAAUAUAUUUUCGAUGACGAUGGAAAUCCGAUCUUGCAGUGUCCGAAUUUUGUGCAACAAGAAAAUAUUUUUGCUAAUGAACCCGACUUAAAGGAUAUAUUUCACAUUAAAUCGGAUGGGUUUGAUGUUCUACUUUCUCUUGCCAAGGGUCUUAUAACUUGGACUAAUGUUAAUCCAUCAGGUAAGAAAAAGAAGAAAGGAAAAGGUGAAGACCGAAACACUGUUAUGCUGAAAGACAUUUUUGCGGUGUCGCUGAAAAGGAAAAAGUCAAACACAGAUUCAGAUGAAGGAUUCUGUAUAGGUUUUACUUUGCAUAUAUGCGACAUAUUUGGUCCAAACCUUCUCAGUGAGAGAGCUGUGGUUUUUGAGCAUCCCAGUGAAGCACUGUGCAACCGAUACCUGCACAAGAUCCAGUCUUAUAUCACAAAACUGUUCAAACGCCCGACCUCGGUGAAGCUGUUCCUGCAAACUCAUGCAGGCGGCAAGAAUGGUAGCUCCCUAUACAAGAGCAAAGUCCUGCCACUCUUCCAGGCGGCAGAUGUCCAAGUUGACUGUGUUGAGGUCCAGCAUAAUGAACACAUCAAACAGGAAAUGGUUCAUAUUAAUCUAGAUGCCUUUGACUGCAUAAUUGCCAUGGGAGGUGAUGGCACAGCCAACAAGGUCGCUGAUGGGUUGAUGACAGCAUCCCAGCGGUGUCGUGAUGUUGAUCAGAAACUGGGCUUCACACCAGUCAGGGCAAGACUUCCAUUUGGAAUCAUCCCUUGUGGCUCCACCAAUGACAUUUGUCGAUCCAUAACGGGAUGUGAGGAUAUAGUGACCUCCAUCAUCCACAUUCUCAUGGGUCAGACCACGCCAGUUGACGUGUGCACAGCUUAUAACGAAGAUAAAUUCCUGCAGUGGUGUUUCAACUGCCAGUACGGUUUCGGUGGAAAUGUGUUGACGUUCAGAGAACGGUAUAAGAAGCUUGGAAAGCGGGGACUGGAGCCAGCCUUCAUCAAAGCACUGACUAAAGCUAAACUCAGACCGUAUGAGUGUGACAUUGAAUAUAUUGCGGCAGAACAACUGCCUUCUCAUAGGAAGCACUUGCCAUGCUUUACUGGAUGUGACACCUGCUGGACCGAGAAGGAGGCUGAUGGAGAUGAGGUCACACAGGAUCUUGUGCAGGCCUUUGAUCCCCUGGAUGAGUCCAACAACAGCGACACACUCGUUAACUUAGCGGAACAUGAGGACAAUCCUUGGCGAUCAAGAAAGGGGAAAUAUCUGAACAUCGGUCUGUUCACAAUACCUGGACGCUCGGAGAUAGCAACACGUGGUGUUAGCAAGUACUCGCAUCUCAAUGAUGGCACUAUGGAUCUAGUGCUUGUUAAAGAGGCACCAAGAAAAGAGUUCUUGAGGGUGAUUAAACGUAUGGGGACUAAUAAAGAUGCGUUUGACUUCCCAUUUAUUGAGGUGUUGAGAGUGAAGGAAAUGCGUUUCCGCCUUAGAAUUCCCUUGGGUUUCCAGUACAACGAUCACAACUUCAGUGAGAUUGACUAUGAAAUAAAUCGGCAACAAAAGAUGCUGGAAUCUGCCACAAAAUCAACGGAAAUCCUUGACAUUAAUGAGCUUAGUGAUUCUGAUGAAGAAUUGGAAAUUGACGACCUCACAACGUCCAAACCAUCAUCUGGGUCUGUGAAAUCUAAGUCAUCACUGCGAGUUGAGAAUAACAAUAAACCCAAAGCGAUGAAGACAUUAAGUGUUCAGCAAAUAGACAAGAAAAAAAUUAAUAGGACCAACACAGAAACAUCUAUAGAUACUUUCAGUGUUGAUGAUUCUGAUGAUAGUGACGGGGAUGAUAGUAAUGACGAGAAGGAAACAGAAGAAAUUGUGACGAUUGACAAAUUGGGCGUGAGAACAGUACGCUCAGCUACUGCUCCUAAGCAGACGUUACUAGGCCCUGCCUACCGUAUGACCUUCACUGAGCAGGAUCGUGCCAGACGAAUGAAACGGAGCCAGAAGAAGGAGAAUAAGAAGAAGGCUAAGGAAGAAAAGAAAAUGAAGUCAGUUUGGAACAUAGAUUAUGAGAUUUGUCAGCAAGAUUUUCUACAUGUGAAAGUUCACCAUGGUUUGCUGCGAGUGUAUGGUCGCGGUAUAUCACCAGAAACAAUAUACAGUGACCCCACACUGCUGUGUAUACCGAGAAUAUGAACGGGCCUAUCACCUAGCGCUAAUAGAACAUAGAUUGAUAGAGUGCCUGCAGGAAUAUCUUGAACUCUUUGUUGGAGUAGCUAUAGGAUUUCAUAAAACAAUAUAGAAAGAAUUUGAUUUUGUGCUGUUGGUUAGGGUGACUUGCUACAGCUUUUGUAGACAUAUAGAAAUACAAUCAAAUUUCUGCUGAAAUUAAAAGCCAUUGGAAGGGCUGUAUGAUUGUUGGACAUAAAGUGAGUUUAUGUUGUUCGUGAACAUCUGCCGUAAAGUUCUCCUGGUAGAACAAAUACAUAGAAUUUUGGUUACACUUUAAAACCAGUCCUGAGCAGUAAUCAGUACAUAUCCUCCAUAAAGGGUAAAAUUUACGAUGUCAAUAUAGGAUAUUGCUGAAAAUGUAUGUUUGAAUAAUUUGUUUUACAUCAGAUCUUUGGUAAAAUAAUGUUAGACAGCAAGAAAAAUUUGUUUAUCUGCAGUACAAUCGAAAUAGCAGGUUGCUGCCCCUUGCUCUUUUUUGCCACCCCAUCCCUCCUUUUUAUAUUUAAAAACUCAACGGCAAAUUAAAAGACAAUUCUAAUAAACAAUAAUUACAAAAGUUAGACUAAGAAAUUCUUCAGAUUUCUUUUUAAACAAAAUGUCAUCCAUGUUUUUCAGCCUUGCCUUUUGUAGAAGCAUUAUACAUUUUAUGAUCCGAGAGCUUUCCGUAUCUACAUGUUAUUUGCCAUACGAGCAUUUAAUUGAUAAACAUCAAGAAAAGCAGACCCAUUAAUGGUUCUAACCAGGCAUUAAGACUUGAACAUACAUGGCAAUAUGCCACAGGCUUUGACUGGAUCAAUCUAAACAAAAAUAUGUGUACACUAAAUACAAUUAUGUUUUAAAGAGUGUUUAUGGAAAGUCUUCAAUAUAGUGUACCAUUGUUGUUGAUGUAUUUAUAUUGUUAUAAUUCGGCAGUCCUCAAGUUCAGAACAUUCCAUGAAAUUGUGAUAAAUUUUAAUUUUUGUUUGUUGAUUGUUUUUAUUUAAUCUAUGAUUUUUCAUAUAUGUAUUCAAUAUUUAUUUUGAUGUAAUAUUAAAUAUUUAUUUUGUGUAAUUGAUGUCUUAUUUUAACUCACGUAUAACAAUAAGUGUACAUUUAAAACCUUUGUUACGUCAUACUAACCAGUGUAUUGUAACUAUUUAAAAAAUGUAUUCUUAUUUAUUCAAAAAUGUAAAAUGAAAAUAGAAAAUGCAGCAAAUAAAGUUUGUUGGAUUUUGUAAAUUUCUAAUUUUUAUCAAUUGAUGAUUGUAUCACUUCCAAAAACAAUUGUAUUCUCAGAUCACUGAUGAACUAAAUGGUUAAUAUACAAAUGAAACAAAUAUCCUAUAACUAUACAGUGCAAAAAAGAAAGGUGUUUUAAUUAUGAGUGAAACAAGUCAAUCUCACACAACAAACUUGAGAUCUAAAGUAUUACCUACAGUUAUUCUUGCCAUUAUUUAACUUAUACUGAAAUUUGUUAUUGUUAAUGGAAUCCAAAUGUCAGCCACAAUUUUAACUUAGAUUAAUUUCAUUCAUUAAUAGUGCCAUUAUAAUUUUUGACGCAAUAACACAUUCAACUGGGUUUAUUUGUAAUUAGAUUAUUAAUUUCAUUAUCAUAAUAACUGAAAUACUUGUCAUUAGUUUGUUGAGAACUUCCCUGGAGUGUAGAACUAGAUGUCAUUAGUUUGGUUGAGAACUUCCCUGGAGUGUAGAACUAGAUGUCAUUAGUUUGGUCGAGAACUUCCCUGGAGUGGAGAACUAGAAAAUUUAGCCUUACAUGUGUUUGUUUGUUAUUAAUAGCGUAGUGAUAUGCUCACAUUUGAUAUUGUGUUCAUAGUUAAUUUUCAAACGAUUGAACAAUUUAAUGCAAAAACUCUUUCAAAAGCUUAAGGCAGUUUGAAUAGGUAUCGGAGACUGUCUUUAUUGUGUAAAGAUAGUCAAUAUAAAAAUUUUUUGUUUAACACUUGAGAAUUGUUUGCUUUUCUAAAAUAUCUUUGUCUAAAAAGUAAACUGCAAUUUUAGUAUGAAAACAAGGUUUACAAGUUUAAAUAGUUAAGCACAGUUUUAAUGUGUAAACUAGAUUUAUAAAUGUUAUUAGUGAACUACAAUUUUAACCAGGUUUACAUUUAAACAUCUGACUUGUAAUGAAUAAAAUAAAUGCAUCAACUUGAUACGAUUCUGUAGCACUAACCAAGGAUAAUAAAUCUUAAAGGGACUGUCAACCACAAAGGGACUGUCAACCACGAUGACGUAGAAAAGAAAAGUUGUAAAAUACUGUAUUUUUUACAAUUAUUAGUUUAUAUUGAUUAAAAUUAUACGAGUGGUAUAUAACAAUACUUGAAAAAAGUUGUUAAGUUUUAAUAUUUUCGGUGUAUUUGAUAAUAAAAUUUUACUGGGUAUGUCUACCAGGUAACUAUACCAGUUAACUAUAAAUAAAGUCAUCAUCGUCAUGUGGUAAACCCAGGAAUGCAAAUUGUGCAUGCGUAGUGAAUUGUAUAUAUCUAAUAUAGAAAAUGAUCAAUCAACUAACGUUAUUUGUAGUGUGUAUAUCGUUAUGUCACCUAUUUUCACAAUGUACUUUCUAUUCACAUAGCGAAUUUUAUUACCAAAUAUACUGAAAAUAUAAACUGUUCAAGUAAUGUAUAAAUAUACCAGUUGUGAUAUUUUAAUCAACAUAAACUAAUAAUUGUAAAAAAUAUGGUAUUUUAGAACUUUUCUUUUUUUCGUCAUUCGUGGUUGACAGUCCCUUUAAUUAUGCAACAAAUAUAUGGUUUGUAUUGUUUGCAGGUAUAUUAGUAAUAUUGGUCCCAAACCUGAUUCCGUCCAUUGUCUCAAAAUGUUCAUGUAUGUUAUAUAUGAUUUUUAAGUUGUGGCAGUAUACUGUAUUGUGCUGUGGCUACAAGUAAUGUGAUAGAAUUUUUUUAUAUAUUUUUGUUUACAUUUUUCUCUAAUUAAUUUUUUACAUUUUUGUUUACAUUUUGUUUUAACCGUUUUCUCGAGUGUUUGUUUAAGCAUGCUUUAGCAAUGUUUCAUAGCAACAACUAAUAUUCAUUGUGUAUUAUUUUAUUUUAUAUUAAUGUUUGUUUUGUCAAUAUUUUGGAUGAAAUUUGCCAUCCAUUUUUAAAUAAGUAAUGUGUUGGUUGAGUUUGUAUACAUGUGUGUGUCUGCUUAUUAUUUCUAUAUUGCAGUUCAUGUAUGAAUAUGGAAUGUUUACAGUUCUCCUCUGUGUAUUCAUUCAUAUAUCAAACAUAAAAAAAAUGAAGACUAUCAGGAGAGAAUGUCUUGUUCUUGUCCACUAAUUUAUAACAGAACGCAGUCCUUACAGUUAGCUCCCUUUCUUAAAGUAGUUUACGUGCUAAUGCAUGUGCAAAAAAAAUUGACAUUAAUAUUAUUAUUAUUAUUUUGAUCAUCUGGGUAAUGUUUUAUAAAAGAUCUUAAUAAAGACACAUUUUUGUGAUAACUGAUUUUGUAGCAAAAACAAAUACCAGCUUGUGAUUCAUGUUUCUAAAUAGAAAUUAAUGGUAUGUGGGUAAUGCCAAACAAUAAAUACAAUUUCCGUAAUAAAGUACAUGCAAUUCUAUGUCUUUCUGAUACAACAUUUAUGCCUUUUUAAAAAUUGCAUCAUACUUUGAAAUUGUUGUAAUAGGUUAAGUACAUGUGGCAUUAUGUUCCUUCAUUUAUUAAAUGGUUCAACUAUUUCACUGAUAUACAUUGAUAGUUGCUUGGAAGUUUUCAUUAAUUGGAUGUCAGCCUUCAAACUAAACAUGAAUCAUAUCAAAAACUGAAAUUAUUGUAUAUGGGACCAGGCAACAGUUGGCGAAACUGAGUACUUCAAGCAUGGCUAUUGGUGGCUGCGGAGUGAAAUUCAUCAAUCAUGUAAGAGACCUUCGUGUUAUCAUGACCAACACACUUAACUUUAACAAAGACAUACAGGAAAAGUGUCAGAGCACUCAUGCACAGCUAUGAUAUAUCAAAGCUAUACGUAAAUAUCUUACAAAAGAGUCGACUGCAUCAUAAGAACAUUGAUUAGUUAAUUUGCAUAUUGACUUUUGCAAUGGUCUUUUUAGCUGACCUGAUUGCUCAGGUGAGCUUUUGUGACUGUUCUUUGUCCGUCGUAUGUCCGCCCGUCCGUCCGUUAACAUUUGCUCGUAAACACUCUAGAGGCCACAUUUCUUGUCCCAUCUUCAUGAAACUUAAUCUGAAGCUUUGUCCCAAUGAAAUCUCGGCCGAGUUCGAAACUGGGUUGUGCCGGGUCAAAAACUUGGUCACUAGGUCAAAAAAUAAAGAAAAACCUUGUAAACACUGUAGUAGUCACAUUUCAUGCCCAAUCUUCAUGUAACUUUGUCAAAAUGGUUGUCUUAACCCUUUCCCACUCAGAGGCAAAGAGAAAAUUGCUAUGGGAAAACAACAUAAAACCAGAACAGCCUGCGAGUUACUCGCAGUCUGUUCAGGUUGUAUGCUGUUUGCUUCUCAUCAGUAUCUAAGGGUUGGAAAUGAAGCCUUUAAAACUUGAAUCUAGUAAGAAAGGUAUUUAAUUAAAUAUAACUUUCUAAGAGACUACUAACACGUCAAAAUACAUAUCUAAGUGGGAAAGGGUUAAUGAUAUCUUGGUUGAGUUCAAAAGUGGCUGUGAUCCGUUGAAAACAUGGCCGCCAGUGGGCGGGGCAAUUUUCCUUAUUUGGCUAUAGAGAAACCUUGUAAACACUCAAGUUGGUCAAAACAUUGGUUCUAUUGAUGUCUCGGACGAGUUCAAAAUGGUCAAGAUCGGUGUAAAAACAUGGCCGCCAGUGGGUGGGGCAUUUUUCUCUAUAUGUAUAUAGUGGCAGUUUUCCCUAUUUGGCUAUAGAGAAACCUUGUAAACAGUCUAGAAGUCACAAUUUUUGCCCAAUCAUCAUGGAAGUUGGUCAAAACAUUGGUUUUAUUGAUAUAUCGAACGAGUUUGGCCGCCAGUGGGGGGGGGGGUAAUUUUCUCUAUAUGUAUAUAGUGAAAACAUGUGAACACAGUAGAAGUCACAUUUUUGGCCCAAUUUUCAGGAAAUUGGCUCAGAACAUUUGUUUCCUUGAUACGAGAGUUGAGUUCAAAAAUGGUUCUGGUCAGUUGAAUAACAUGGCUGCUGGGAGGGGGGCAGUUUUCUCAUUAUGCCCCCCUCCCCCUUUCAAAGAAGAGGGGGUAUAUUGUUUUGCUCAUGUCGGUCCGUCCGUCCACCAGAUGGUUUCCGGAUGAUAACUCAAGAGCGCUUAUGCCAAGGAUCAUAAAACUCCAUAGGUACAUUGAUCAUGACUCGCAGAUGACCCCUAUUGAUUUUCAGGUCAUAAGGUCAAAGGUAAAGGUAACGAUGACCCGAAAUAGUAAAAUGGUUUCCGGAUGAUAACUCAUGAACGCUUAUGCCUAGGAUCAUGUUACUUCAUAGAUACAUUGAUCUUGACUCGCAGAUGACCCUUAUUGAUUUUCAGGUCACUAGGUCCAAGGUCAUGGUGACCCAAAGCAGUAAAAUGGUUUCCAGAUGAUAGCUCAAGAACCCUUAUGCCUAGGAUCAUGAAACUUCAUAGAUACAUUGAUCAUGACUUGCAGAUAACCCCUAUUGAUUUUCAGGUCACUAGGUCAAAGGUCAAGAUCAAGAUGACCCAAAAUAGUUAAAUGGUUUCCAGAUGAUAACUCAAGAACGCUUAUGCCGAGGAUCAUGAAACUUCAUAGGUUCAUUUAUCAUGACUCGAAGAUGACCCCUAUUGAUUUUCAGGUCACUAGGUCAAAGGCUAAGGUCACAGUGACCUGAAAUAGUAAAAUGGUUUCUGGAUGAUAACUCAAGAACGCUUAUGCCUAGGAUCAUGAAACUUCAUAGGUACAAUGAUAAUGACUCGCAGAUGACCCCUAUUGAUUUUCAGGUCACUAGGUCAAAGGUCAAGGUCACAGUGACCUGAAAUAGUAAAAUGGUUUCUGGAUGAUAACUCAAGAACGCUUAUUUCUAGGUUCAUGAAACUUCAUAGGUUUAUUGAUCAGGACUCGCAGAUGACCCCUAUUGAUUAUCAGGUCACUAGGUCAAAGGUCAAGGUCACAGUGCUAAAAAACGUAUUCACACAAUGGCUGUCAAGGUCACGGUGACUCAACUUAGAAAAAUGGUUUCCAGAUGAUAACUCAAGAAUGCUUACGCCUAGGAUCAUGAAACUUCAUAGGUACAUUGAUCAUGACUCGCAUAUGAAAUUAUGAUGAAACUUGACCAGGAUGUUUGUCCGGACAAUAUUUAGGUCAAGUUUGACAUUUGGUAAAGAUUGAAUGAACCGACUCCUCUCAGGUGAGUGAACUAGGGCCAUCUUGGCCCUCUUGUUACUGAAGUUCCUGCGUAUCAAAUCAAGAAGCUACAGCUAGUACAAAAUCAUGCUGUUAGAGUACUGGUAGUUAUGAAGGUUUCUUUUAACCCAUUUGUGCCUAGUGUCUUGAAAAAGGCCUUGGCAAACAGCGUAAACCCAGAUGAGACGCUGCAUGAUGUGGCGCGGGGUCUCAUCUGGGUCUGCACUGUUUGCUUAAAGGAAUUUCUGUAAGAAUUAUUCUAAAUAUAGGUAUAAAUAUACUAGACAUCCCUAAUUUUGGAAAAAAAUGAUCAAAUUUAGAAGGAUGGGAGAGUCCAAUAGGCAUAAAUGGGUUACAGAACCAAUCGCUGAUCUUCCAGUAAAAGCCAGGGUGAUGUUUAAAGUCUUAGUUGUUUUCUUUCGGUUAAUCAAUAGAGCAGCUCCAGUAUACCUUAGGGAAAUGUUUAUACCUGCUCAAGGACACUACAAAUUAAGAUAACAAAAAGAGACAACAUUCUACAUCCCUAGACAAAGAACACAAUUCGCUGAUAGAUCUCUUGUCUUCAUUGGUCCAAAAUGGUGGAACAAUCUACCUGAGUACCUGAAGAAUUGUCAAUCUGAAGCCACGUUUAGAUCAAGGCUGAAAACACAUUUGUUUUCACAAUUUUACAAACAAUGAAUGUACCAGUCGAAUUAAUAUAAAGUUAGAAUUUUUAUAAACUAGAAUAGUAAAUUCUGAUUGUUUUAAAGUUAUUGAACAUAAGUGCAUAAUUUAUUGUUUACAAAUGGUCGUCUUAAUGCACAAUUUGUUAUUAUGAAGCACAGUAGAAUAUGUAAAGAAUUCUUUUGCUAUAUAAAUGCUAAGUAUUAGAUGUUUUUUUAUAGUAUUAAAGCAACGCAUAUGUGUCUGAAGGUAUUUUAAAUGUAAAAAGUACAGACAAAUAUAGGAUUUCAAAAUAAGUCAAGCCAAAAUCCAAAUAUGUGUUUAAAAUUCUGAUCAUCUGACGUAGAAAAAUGUUGCAUAACACUGCAAACAAUUCUAUAAAAUUAUAAUAAUGUUCUUUAUUGCAAUUGUUUCAAAAGUAAAUUAGAUAGAUUACUUGUAUAUUUUUUCCAGGUGUUACUUGAAGAACAUGGUUUUUUUCAUUAAUAACCUUGAAUUAUGUAACACAACAUGUAUUUACUUACGUUGACUGUUUUGAUCACCAUAUUAUUAUUGUAUUUCAUACAGCCAUUUACAUAGUUUGCAAUACAGCAGUAAUGGAUUCCUACAAACAUUACAAACGUCAUUAUGACUGGCUUAUAUAUGGCAUUGAUUGUCUUUGAUUUUAGUAUUGUAUCAGUAUCGUUAUAAUUGUUCUGUGUAUUAAUAUUUUUCACUUUUGAAUUUUUAUUCCAUUUUACUGGAUUUAUUUAGAAUAAAAGUGUUUGACACUAAUGCUUGUAGUUUAUCUUAUCAUACUUGUCCAUGAUCACUCAGUCAAUGUCUGCAACGCCACGUCAUGGCACUUUAAAUUUAAAUGAUAUUUUUUUCUUGACUGUUUGUAGGAUCAAAACAUGCGUAUUUAUGCCUGAAGGCACAAAUUAAGGCCUGCAGUUUCAUUUCAAGGGGCCUUAUCGCGUUUUAGUAAAUUGACACAAUUAAAAAAAAAUGGUUCAGAUUCGCAAAUUUUCAUUGUAGUUACAUGUAUGAUAUUUGUGAGGAAACAGCUAUGCUGAACAUUUACCUUGCUCUAAAAUAUCCAUUAUAUGCAUCUUUUGAAAAUUUUAAAAAGCUGAAAAUUAUAAAGCGUUGCAACACAAAACCAUUGAAUAAUUUUAAGAGUUCUGUUGUUGUCGUUAUAUUUUGUGACACUCAGAGGAUUGCUUAAAUAAAGUAUAAAAUACGCCAAUCAUUGUAUGAGCAUGGAUGGCCGAGCGAUCUAAGUGUUAGACUUUUACUCAAGGGGUAAGUGGUUUGAGCCCAGAUGAGGGUGAUUUUUUUUUUUCUUUAAUUUUAUUCUGUUUGUUUUUUUCACUGGAGCUUUUUUUCUAUUUAUCAAUAUAAAGCAUUUACUUACAAAAUUUCAAUACAUGUCAAAAUCUGUGAGAAGGUCCCUUUAAGAAUACUCCUUCAUUUUAAGGUACAAUUCUUACCUGCAGGUUAAACUUAAGCUUAUCCAUGAACUACCGACAGGAUCUAUAAUAAAUAGGUAUACUUUGAGUCCUACAAAAAUAUGCCUACAGGCACAAUGUUACGGAUGCAGGUAUGUAUUAAGACCUACAUGUAUAGGCCCAUUUAAGAAUUAUCCUACUCUUGAUUAGGUACAAUUUGUAUCUGAAGGUUCAUGUUUAACCUAUCUGCAUAAAUAUGUAAUGUAUGAAGAGUAUGUUUGAAUGAGUCAACUUUUAUAUUUAAAUGUAUAGUUUUCAUUUGUAAUGUUACAUUGACACGUCUUUUUAAGUGUUUCAUUUUUGUCAUCUAAUAAUGAAUCUUUUUGUACACAUCAUGUUAAGACCUUCAAUUUUUUCAUUUGAUAAAAAAUCUUAUUUUACAUGUAGAUGUUCUUACAUUGUAUAAACUUCAUAUAAAAACAGUACAUGUACAUCAUAUGUUCAUAAUUAUCAGCUAAACAAUGGUCUUAUUGUUGUUAUUUGUAAGCUCAUUGCUGAUGUCAAUCUUUGUCUGUCGUUUAUCAAGAUUUACCUUGUGAGCAUUCUAGAUCCUGUAUUUAUUGUUCAACCUUCAUGAAACUUGGUCAGAACAUUCGUUACAAUCAAAUCUCAGCCAAGUUCUAAACUGGGCCAUGUCAGAUUUAAAACUACUUCACCAGGUCAAAUGAAAGAACAAGCUUUUGAACACUA